ACUUUUUUGGGUCUGUAAAGAGAAAUUCCUCAGUCAUCCAGGGGGCAGGAGAGGAAGCACAGCCUGAGGGAACUGAUCCUAAGAGUGCCCCCCAGGCAGAAGGACAAUGGGGCAGCUUCAGGUGCCAGCACUAAUACUAGUUCUCCUUUUGGGAGUUGGCCGGUCUCAAGAACCAGAUUUCAGCCAUGGCUGUGGUGAAGGCAGCUGCUAUCCAGCCACCGGUGACUUGUUGAUCGGACGUGCAGAGCAACUGACUGCAUCCUCCACAUGUGGGAUCCAGAAACCGGAAUCUUUCUGUAUUGUCAGCCAUCUCCAGGAUGAAAAGAAAUGCUUCAUAUGUGAUUCAAGGACGCCUUAUGAUGCUGAAACCAAUACAGAGAGCCAUCGCACAGAAAAUGUAGUCACUUCAUUCGACCCAAAUCGCUUUGAUCUUUGGUGGCAGUCAGAAAAUGGUCUGGAAAAUGUCACCAUCCAGCUGGAUCUUGAAGCAGAAUUCCAUUUCACUCAUCUCAUCAUGACCUUUAAGACUUUCCGCCCAGGUGCAAUGUUAAUUGAAAGGUCAUCAGAUUUUGGGAAAACAUGGAAAGUUUAUCGAUAUUUUGCAUAUGAUUGCGAGUCUUCUUUCCCUGGAAUCUCAGUUGGCCCAAUGAAAAAAGUUGAUGAUAUCAUCUGCGACUCCCGAUACUCUGACAUUGAACCUUCUACCGAAGGAGAGGUUAUAUUCCGUGUCUUAGACCCAGCUUUCCGCAUUGAUGAUCCAUAUAGUCCUAGAAUAAAAGACAUGCUGAGAAUUACAAACUUGAGAAUAAAGUUCUUGAAGCUCCACACUUUGGGUGACAACCUGUUAGAUUCAAGAGUGGAAAUUAAAGAAAAAUAUUACUAUGCGAUUUAUGAUAUGGUUGUUCGCGGGAAUUGCUUCUGCUAUGGUCAUGCCAGCGAAUGUGCCCCAGUUAAAGGCUACUCUGACAAUGUUGAAGGAAUGGUCCAUGGGCGCUGUGUCUGCAGACAUCACACAAAAGGCUUAAACUGUGAGCAGUGCAUGGACUUUUACCACGAUUUGCCUUGGAGACCAGCGGAAGGUCGCAGCAGCAAUGCUUGUAAAAGAUGUAAUUGUAAUGAACACUCCACAUAUUGUCAUUUUGACAUGGCUGUAUACAUCUCAACUGGAAAUACCAGCGGUGGAGUAUGUGAUGACUGUCAGGAUAACACAAUGGGACGGAAUUGCGAGCAGUGUAAGCCAUUCUUCUAUCAGCACCCGGACAAAGACAUCCGGGAUCCAAAUAUAUGUCAGCCUUGUAAUUGUGACCCAGCCGGUUCUCAAAACGGGGGCAUAUGUGACCGCUAUACUGACUUCUCAGUUGGCCUUAUUGCUGGACAGUGCCGUUGUAAAGCAAAUGUUGAAGGGGAACGGUGUGACCGCUGCAAAGAAGGGCACUACGAGCUAAGCGCAGAAGAUCCAGAUGGAUGUCAACCCUGUGGAUGCAAUCCUCUAGGAACUAUACCUGGUGGUAAUUCCUGUGACUCUCAAGAUGGCAACUGUUAUUGCAAGCGUUUUGUGACUGGAAAGAAGUGUGACCAGUGCAUGCCGGAAUUCUGGGGUUUGAGCAAUGAUUUGGAUGGCUGUCGGCCGUGUGACUGUGACCGUGGUGGAUCAUUUGACAAUAAAUGUUCCUCCGAAUCUGGCCAGUGUCGCUGCAGACCACACAUGAUUGACCGCCAGUGCAAUGAAGUGCAAUCUGGCUUCUACUUCAUCUCCUUAGACCAUUACAUCUAUGAAGCUGAGGAUGCAGAUUUUGGACCUGGUGUAAGAACUGUUGAGAGGCUGUUACCUCAAGAUCGCACUCCAUCCUGGACAGGGCCGGGUUUUGCUAAAGUUCCAGAAGGUGCAUACUUGGAAUUUCAUAUCAACAAUAUCCCAACCUCUAUGGAAUAUGACCUUUUAGUUCGCUAUGAACCACAGCUUCCAGAACAAUGGGAAGAGGCAGUGAUUACAGUUAUACGUCCAGGAAAAAUUCCCACAAGCAGCAGAUGUGGUAACACUGUACCCAGUGAUGACAACCAGAAUGUGGCAUUACCACCAGGAUCUCGGUAUAUUGUCCUCCCUCGUCCCAUAUGCUUUGAAAAGGGCCUGAAUUACACAAUACGACUGGAGCUGCCUCGGUAUUCGGUGAACUCUAAUGUGGAGAAUCCUUAUACACUCAUUGAUUCUAUUGUUUUGCUGCCUCAUGUCAAGUCCCUUGACUUAUUCGGCAUGGGAGGCAUAGGAGAGGAUCCAAGCAAUGUCUGGCAGACGUUCGACAGAUACAGAUGUUCAGAAAAUAGCCAGAGUGUUGUGAAAACUCCACUGACUGAGGUCUGCAAAGACUUCCUCUUAAGUAUUUCUGCAGUCCUACAUGACGGUGGCCUCGAAUGCCAAUGUGACCCACAAGGCUCCCUGAGUUCUGUAUGUGAUCCCAACGGAGGUCAAUGCCAUUGUCGCCCAAAUGUUGUUGGCAGGAAAUGUGAUAAAUGUGCCCCAGGGACUUAUGGAUUUGGACCUAAUGGAUGUAAACCUUGUGAGUGUAACCUGAAAGGAUCCACUCAUGCCUUUUGCCACACGGAGACUGGGCAGUGCCCAUGCUUUCAUGGAGCCUUUGGACGUCAGUGUGAAGAAUGUUUGCCUGGUUACUGGGGAUUUCCUAACUGUCAGCAGUGCCAAUGUAAUGGGCAUGCUGAUGAAUGCAACCGACUCACUGGAGAGUGCACUAGCUGUAGAGAUCAUACUGAAGGUUACAGCUGUGAAAGGUGUCUAGCUGGAUACUAUGGUGAUCCUAGAUUAGGCUCAGGUGAUCACUGCAGGCCGUGCCCAUGCCCUGAUGGACCUGGUAGUGGUCGGCAAUUUGCCAGUGGAUGUUACAAAGAUCCGUCAACUGAACAAGUCGUGUGUUCAUGCAAGAAAGGCUAUACAGGUGUUCGAUGUGAUGAGUGUGCCUCUGGGUAUUUUGGAAAUCCAGAAGAGAUUGGAGGAACAUGUCAGCCAUGUAUUUGCAACAAUAAUAUAGACAUGUUGGAUCCACUUGCUUGUGACAAACGCACCGGAGUAUGUCUGAAAUGUCUCCAUCACACAGAGGGCGAGAACUGUCAUCAGUGUCAGCUGGGGUACUAUGGAAAUGCUCUCCAGCAAGACUGUAAAAAGUGUGUGUGUAAUUACCUGGGCACUGAUCAGGAUUACUGCCAGGGAGAUGUCAGCUGCCAUUGUAAUAUUACCACAGGCCAGUGUCCGUGUUUGAGCAAUGUGAUUGGACAAAGCUGUGACCACUGUGCACCAAAUACCUGGAAUCUGGCUAGUGGAAAUGGGUGCGAGUCAUGUAAUUGUGAUCCUGGCCGUUCUCUGGGUCCAUCUUGCAAUCAGUUUACUGGGCAGUGCCAUUGUAUGCCUGGUUUUGGUGGCAGAAACUGCAGUGAAUGCCAGGAACUUUUCUGGGGAAAUCCAGAUGUUGAGUGUCAAGCUUGUGACUGUGACUCAAGAGGGAUUCAGACCCAUCAAUGUGACCGAUCCACUGGACACUGCAUUUGUAAUGAAGGAAUAGAAGGAGUGCGUUGUGAUAAAUGUGCACGUGGUUACUCUGGCAUUUUCCCAAAUUGUAUUCCCUGUCAUAAGUGCUUUGCCCUCUGGGAUGUCAUCAUCAAAGAGCUCUCCAACAGGACAAACAAACUUUUAGACCGUGCCAAUGCUAUGAAAGUCACUGGAGUUAUUGGACCGUACCAAAAAACCAUGAACAGAGUUCAGGAAAAACUGGAAGAAAUUCAAACCAUUAUCUCCCAAAACCCUGCCACACAGCCACUUAAAAACAUUGACAAUCUUUUUGAAGAGGCAGAGAAACUGAAGUCUGAAGUGUCAGAAAAAGUUAGAGAAGUAGAACAGAAGCUUGCACAGAUCAGCCUCAAUGGUUCAGAAAAAGUGGCUGUCCUGCAGGCAGAUGCUGAUGCUGUCAGUAAAGCACUAAAAGAGCUCGGAGAACAACUGGAGUACAUGAAGAUUUCUAAUGUUCGUGGAGCUAUGGACAGCAUCAAUAAAUAUUUCCAGAUGUCUCUAGAGGCAGAAGAAAAGGUUAAUGCCUCAGCAGUCAACCUUGAUAGCAUUCUUGAGCACUCAGCCACUACACGGAGGGAAGUGGAAGAUCUUAUGGAUGAAAAGGAAACCGUUUUUAAGCAAAUACAGGAUGAGCAGUCACGGAUUUUAGAUGAACUUGCUGGUGAGAUCCAGAAUUUGGACCUUUCUUCUGUGUCUGAAAAGACCUGUGGAACCCCAAUUGGUGCAUCAUGUGAGUCCCAAUGCGGAGGGCUUGGUUGCACUACAGAAGAUGGCAAGAGAAAAUGUGGAGGAGAAGGCUGUGAUGGGUUGGUGACUGUGGCUCAUAAUGCAUGGAAAACAGCUAUGAAUUUUGAUAGAGAGAUUCUGAGUGCUAUGGCAGAAGUGGAGGAACUCUCUAAACUGGUUGCUGAGUCGAGGCUGAAGGCAGAAGAAGCCAAACAAAAUGCUCAAGGAGUUCUCAACAAAGCAAAUGCAACAAAGGAGAGAGUUGACAAAAGCAAUGAAGAUCUAAGGAAUCUAAUUAAACAAAUAAAAGACUUUUUAACACAGGAUGGAGCUGACUUAGAUAGCAUUGAAGCUGUUGCCAAUGAAGUUCUGAAAAUGGAAAUGCCAACCACUCCUGAGCAGUUACAGGCUUUAACUGAGGAUAUACGUGAACGCGUGGAAAGUCUUUCUGGGGUGGAAACAAUCCUUCAACAAAGUGCUGAAGAUAUAGCCAGAGCAGAGUCUCUUUUAGAAGAAGCCAAACAGUCCAGCAAAUCUGCAUCCGAUAUUAAGGCUACAGCUGACAUGGUGAAAGAAGCCCUGGAGGAAGCAGGCAAAGCCCAAAGUGCAGCUGAAGAAGCCAUUAAACAGGCCGAUGAUGACAUAAAAGGAACAAACAACCUACUCACUUCUAUUGAAUCAGAAGCUGCAGUAUCAGAAGAAACCUUAAAUAAUGCUACCCAACGUAUUGCAAAUCUUGAAAAAAGUCUUGGAGAGCUACUAAAAAAGUCAGCUGCCAAUUCUGCAACAUUGAAUUCAAUAGAGAAAUCUACAGAGGAUGCUAAAGCGAAAGCAGACGGCGUAAAGAAGGUUCUGGAUGACGAACUUAGUGAUAAAUAUAAGAAAGUUGAAGAUUUGAUAGCAAAAAAAGCUGAGGAUUCCUCAGAAGCCAGAAGGAAAGCAGAGCAACUUCAGAAUGAAGCUAAAGCCUUGUUAUCAAAAGCAAACAAGAAACUGAACUCACUAAAAGAUUUAGAAAAGUCUUAUGAAGAUAACCAAAGAAUAUUGGAAGAAAAAGCCAGAACACUUGUGGCUUUAGAAGAACAAGUUAGGACACUCUUACAAGCCAUCAGCCAGAAAGCUGCUGUAUACAGUACAUGCUUGUAAACCAAAUCAUGACCAUGAAAUGCAAGGACCAACGGGUUUCUAAUUUAUUGGAAGUUUAGUGUGACCCAAGACCUUUUUAUUGACUUUUAUUGAAUAAAAUGAUUUGAGUAAUAACUUUGAAACCAAUGCAGUGUUUUUAAAAUGUCCCAUUUCUGUGUUGCCAUCUGCUAACAGAAGGCAAUCUGCUAUUACUUACUAUUUUAAAGCCAUUAUUCUAGUUGCACUACAUAUAGGAUUUCUUUCACGCUAAUAUUUCUACUAAAAAUACUCAAAGGGAACCUGUCAUGGCAUUUUACUUCCAUUAGUAACAGGUUUUAGAGCAAUCAAUUAACAUUCCACCAUGUCUCUAUAUACUGCCGUGCCUGGGCUGUCAAUCACCUAUGUAACACAGUGACUACUUCUAAAUGCCAUACUGCCUAGGGGACUACUCGCUGGGAAUUUACAUACAGCGCAAGCUUUUUUUAAAAUUUUUUGAAGAUUGUCAUCAUUACUAGACAUAGAAGCAUGGUAGGAACGCUAACUGAUACCUCUAGAACCUAUUAGUAAUGGUUACAGGAGGUAAAAUUUCAUGACCGGUUCCCUUUUAAAAUACCUUUUUGUCCAUUUAUAAAAUAUAAUACACACAUUUUCCUGCACACAAUGAAAAGGUAAUUUCCUAAGGACUAAAAAGAUUACCGAAACAUCACUGUGGCAUAGAAUUUCUCACACGCUGAAUUUUGCCCCAUUGAUAUGGCUUGUUCAUCAUAAGCUGGGCAUGUUUAGGGAGUCUUUACAUUUAAAAUGACUUCUGCAUUUUGUCUUAUUGGUGACCUGCACUAUGUUACAAAAGGAUAUUCAUCUAGAAGAAUAUAUUUAGCCCAAUACUGUAUAUGCAUGCUGCCACAUAUUUGCACAAGGAGCUCUAUCGCACACUUCUAUAGCUAGCAGACUACUGUACACUUUUAUACACUACUAUUGAAUAUUAUAAAUAAAGCACAAACUAUUGCAAGUAUGACAAUGACUCUGUUCACUUCAGAUAUACCUGCUAUGAAAAGUUAAAUAUAAUCAAAAGAGCAGACGACAAAUCUUAAAGGGGUACUCCGGCACUAAACACCUUAUCCCUGAUCAUAAGAGGUUAGAUUGCGGGGAUCCCGCUGCUGAAGACCCCUGCUAUCUCUCCUAUAGCACCCCCGCUUUUCAGCUGCACAGAGCGCAGAUUUCUCUAUGGCAGAGAACGGAGUAUUGUGAUGUCACGGCUCCGCCCCUUGUGACAUCACGUCCCGCCCUCUCAUUGCAAGUCUAUGGGAGGAUGUGAGUUCACCGUAUACCAGUCACAGCCAAAGCGAUUAAACUUUAUUUUAGCUCUCUGCAGCAUCGCAUAAAGUUGUGGAAAACUAUUUCUCCUGAGCUAUUGUGUCCUGGGGC